AUGGCUCUCAAAAUUGGCGAAGACGAAUGCCUCGGGGCUUAUGCCAAAAGGUGUUAUGAGGUUUUUAAUCGAAUACUAGGGUGCAACCAAGAGUUGGCGGUCGUAUCUUUUAAGAAUGGCCUGAACGAUGACUGCCUGCUUCGAAAGUUACUGGCAAAGACGCUGCCAAAAAGUAUGGAGGAACUCAUGGCCAGGAUCGAGAAAUAUGCGAGAGCUGAAGAAGACAUGCUAGGGACAAAGGCAUCAAAACAGGAGAAGAGAAACGGCUUGCCGAAGCGAGGCCGAGGCAAUACUGGAUAUAACAGACAAGAAAUAGGAUCGAGGGCUGCACAGGCAGUCACCAUAGUAUUCUGGAUCCCGGUUUACAAAGUCUUGGAAAGGAUCAGGAAUCAGCCUUACUAUAGAGCACUAGAGAAAAUCCCUAGCGGAUUUAUGGGAAGAAGCCUGUGGAAGCACUGUGCUUAUCACAACGAGAAUAGGCAUCUGACUCAGGGGUGUAGAGCCCUAAAGUCACAUCUGGAAGAUCUGGUAAGACAAGGUCACUUAAGAGACCUGGUAGAUGAGGCCAGGACAAGAGAAGAACAAGUAAGGCAGUCCCAGGCACCAGCAGCACCACCUCCACCAGCACCACAAUCGCAAGCAGACGGACCUUGA